AUGCUGGUAGUUGAUACAAGCACCCAAACGACACAUUCCACAUUAUCAGAAGAGGUCAUCGAAGAAGUUAUAGCAUGUGCACGUUAUGGCGAAUUAGAAGAGUUGAAGACUAUCAUAAACUCAUUUCCUGUCACACAUCUUGAAUUAAAGGACAACCUAGGAAAUACUGCUUUACAUAUGGCAAGUGCUAAUGGACAUUUAGAGAUCGUAGAAUUCAUAAUACAAACAUUGGGAUCAUAUCUAGAAAAAAUUAUAAACAUACAAAAUGAUUCAGGGAAUACACCGUUGCAUUGGAGUGCUUUAAAUGGUCACGAAAAAGUAGUCGAACUAUUAAUUAAAAAUAGGGCGGGAAGAACCCCAAUGUUUGAAGCUCAACAGAAUAAUCAUGAAAAAGUAAUAGAAUUUUUAUUGGCAAAUGUGGAUCCCGACAAAGAGGAAGAAUCCACUACAACAGAAAAUGAUGCAGAUACAUAUUAA